GCGGGAACCUCCAGCAACACCAUCACGACCACUACACAUUGUCCCACUCCGCCGCAACGCAAUCUCCUGGUGACAGCACCUCACCGUGUGUACAUCAGUCAUUGUACUAGCCAAGUUCUUGCCACUGUGAAGCCAAUCAACCCACCUUUGGCUCCAACAACCCCACAAAUCCCACCUUCAUCAUGUUCAGAAACAACUACGACAACGACUCGGUCACCUUCUCACCACAGGGUCGUAUCUUUCAGGUCGAGUAUGCACAAGAGGCUGUCAAGCAGGGUUCAGUUGUUGUAGGCAUUGUCAGCAAGACACACGCAGUACUUGCAGCAAUCAAGCGAAAUGCUGAGGAGCUCUCGUCAUACCAGAAGAAGAUUAUCCCCGUAGAUUCCCACUUUGGUGUCGCCCUUGCUGGCCUCGCCUCCGAUGCUCGCGUUCUCUCCAACUUCAUGAAGCAGCAAUCACUCGCAUCCCGGCUCACGUACGACCGCGCCAUUCCCCUCUCCGAAAUCACUUCGCGUAUCGCAGACCGCGCACAAACCAACACGCAGCAGUAUGGACGGAGACCUUACGGUGUUGGAUUGUUGAUUGCAGGUGUAGACGCAAAGGGACCCCACCUGUUCGAGUUCCAGCCUAGCGGUGUCACACAGGAGAUGAUUGCAUGCGGUAUUGGAGCCAGGAGUCAGAUGGCAAGGACAUACCUCGAGAGGCAUCUGGAUGAGUUCGAAGGUGCCAGCAGGGAGGAAUUGAUUAAGCACGCUCUGAGAUCACUGAAGGAGUCGCUAUCACAGGACAAGGAGCUAACAGUCGACAACACCAGCGUUGGUAUUGGCGGCAUUGGCGAGAACUUUGCGCUUUACGAGGGCCAGGAUCUUGCUGAGUGGCUAGACGCUACGUUCGAGAACAGGGAAGGCGGCGAUGACGCGGAGGGCGGCGAAGCUAUGGAGCUGUAGGAGACUUAGUUUCUCACGGUUCACUACAAGCAUCAUAGGUCUCAGGCGUAUGACCAGGAGUGCUCCUCGACGAGGGGUUACUGUAGAUCACGACACGGUUGCGCUUUUACGAGCAGGCAGCCUAUGAAAACAUAAUGAACAUGACUUCAAGACCA